AUGCCUGUAGCAAUAGUGACAGGAGCCUCCCGCGGCAUCGGCAAGGCGAUCGCCCUGCAACUAUCAAUCGAUGGAUACGAUGUUGCCCUUGCAGAUAUUUCUUCUCAGUCCUCCGAGUUACACGAAGUCGGGGCGCAAGUUCAGCAGAACGGUCAACGGGGUUUGUGUAUACUCACGGACGUGAGUGAAGAAGAUGAUAUCAAGGCAAUGGUAGCAAAGACUGUACAAGAAUUUGGCGAAUUGAACACUCUGAUUGCGAACGCCGGUAUCGUGAAGCCGAACAGGCUGUUCGAUCAAACUAUGGAAGAGUGGGACCAAGUGAUGGGAGUCAACGCGAAAGGACUGUUCAUGUGCUAUCGAGAAGCGGGCAGGCAAAUGAUCAAGCAAGGCAAAGGGGGCAAGAUCAUCGGCGCCUGUUCGAACGCGGCUUUUCGCCCAUCUGCGUCAGGUGUGGCCUACUCAGCGAGUAAGUGGGCAGUCCGGGGCAUCACGCAGGUCGUCGCACUGGAGCUAGCGCAGUAUGGUAUUAAUGUAAAUGCAUAUUGCCCAGGCCCUGUUGAAACGGAAAUGUGGUCGGAAAUCGAUGCAAGCAUCUCAAAAAACACCGGUGCACCUCUGGGUUCGUCAUAUGAGCAGGCUGUACAGACGCGUAUGGCUCUCAAGCAGGCACUGACACCGGAGGAUAUAGCGCUGACGGUCAGCUUUCUUGCCAGUUCAAAAUCUAGGAACAUCACAGGUCAAAGCCUUCUUGUGGAUGGCGGACAAUAUUUCAGUUGA